UCUCUCUCUCUCUCUCUCUCUCUGUCUCUCUCUCUCUCCAGACAGAGUAUUCGGCCAUGGCUCUAGCCGGUGGAUUGGAGGAGAUGAAAACCAAUCUGGCCAAUCCAGGGUCAGCGGGGGAGCUAGGAGCCAGUGUUCCGGGCCCACAGUCCUAUCCACUGCCAGGUCGAGACCUCUGCAGCACCACCCUCCCCGGCUACCCCCCACACGUCCCCCCAACGGGCCAGGGCAGCUACUCUGCCUCCUCACUGACUGGUAUGGUACCUGGAGGAGAUUUCUCCGGGAGUCCCUAUUCCCACCCUCAGUAUUCCACAUACAACGAGUCCUGGAGAUUUCCAAACCCCAGCCUGUUAGUGUUCCAACAGGACUAUGGGUCUCUCCUGGGGACGGAGAUCGGAUGUUCCUCUGGGCUCUUCACCGCCAGCCAGACGGGACAGAUGCAAGGGUCGCCGUACUACUACAGCACGGCAUCGCGAGGGGCGGGACCGGCUGCCACGGCAACUGCCUCCGCCUACGACCGCCACUGACCCCGCCCAUCAACGAUGAAGAGGAGGAUGAGGAAGAGGAGGAAGAAAGGAGAGAUAGCACCAGCACUGUCCAAUACUAGCCUGCCUACUGACGGAGGAGAAUCAGGAAGGAGGGAAGGAGGAAGGAGAGGAGGAGGAGGAAGUGGAUGAAGAGGAAGAUGAGGACGAGGAGGAGGAAGAUGAGGAGUAACAGAAAGGAGAGGAGGGGAGAGGAGGAGAAGGAAGUGGAUGAAGAGGAAGAUGAGGAGUAACAGAAAGGAGAGAAGGGGAGAGGAGGAGGAAGUGGAUGAAGAGGAAGAUGAGGAGUAACAGAAAGGAGAGAAGGGGAGGAGGAGGAGGAAGUGGAUGAAGAGGAAGAUGAUGACGAGGAGGAGGAUCUGCUUUACAUCAGUAAACUCCCGACUGCACGCUUUUGAUUGACACUCGAGCCGACCAAUCCCUGCUGAGCUGAGACACUGACCUAUUGCUAUUGCACCUGUUAUGAUAACGUGGAUGGAUGUACCCACAGAGACUGAUCCCAGGUCAGAUUAGACAUUUUACCACCUGGGGAGGGUUAGGAUCUGGGGAAGGCAAGCUGAUCCCAGGUCAGAUUGUUGGUAUAUACACCCGGACUAUUUGACUGUCGUCCCAGAGCUCUCCUGGUUGUCAUCCUGUCCCUCUGACCAGGGACUGAUUCAGACCUGGGACACCAGGUAACUAGACUGUCUUGGCCAAUCACUGACAUUAAUCAAUUAAUCAAUUAAUCAAUGAACUACUAUCUAGGGAGACGAGACUCCCAGCAGAGUUAAAGACCUGGGGACAUGGAGCUGGACAGUCUCCACAUUACAACACAUUAUACCGAGGGUCCCAAUAGUAUCCCCUUUCUCCUGAAGUGUACACUCGUUCACUACUUCCCACAAAUCUAAAACCAUUGGUUUGGUUAGUGGCUUUUUGUUGUUUUGUUAUACCAGUAAUUUCCUUUGAACUCAGUGAAGGGAAGUGAAGAAACCCACUUUCUGGAGGAAGGACGGACGGACAGACAGACAGACAGACAGACAGACAGACAGACAGACAGACAGACAGACAGACAGACAGACAGACAGACAGACAGACAGACAGACAGAAUAGGGACCUCUAGAGUUUCUGGUGAAUAAAAUAUAGAGUAAUAUAUUUAAUUCCCAUUUCGCUGCACUCAAAAGUUACUGUAUAAUUACGUCUCCGUCAUCCUGAAUAUGCUAAUGAGUAACCAGGAAGUAGCAAUGGUGGCCACGCCCCCUCCUCUCUUUCUCUCUCUCUCCAAAAUCCCCAAAGAUAGUGGUGCCCCCCGCUCCCCAGUGGUGUGGCUAACUAACGACAAGAAGCACAAAGUGAUCCAAAUCACCUUCAUAGACGCCAUUUUGACUUGUUCUUCUUCUCUUUCUCCUUCUUCUCCUUCUCUUUCUCCUUCUUCUCCUUCACUUUCUCCUUCUUCUUCUUAUUCUUCUCCUUCUUCUUCUUCUUCUCCUUCUCCUUCUUCUUCUCUUUCUCCUUCUUCUUCUUCUCCUUCUUCUUCUUCUUCUUCUUCUCCUUCUUCUUCUUCUCUUUCUCCUUCUUCUUCUUCUCCUUCUUCUUCUUCUUCUUCUCCUUCUUAGUGCUUGUCUUCCAUUAGACAUUCGUUCUUCAGCGGGGAGAAUAAACUGAAGCCUAUUGUUUUAUUUACUCCUCCUCCUCCUCCUCCUCCUCCUCCUCCUCCUCUAUGUGUUCUGCGCUGUGACAAUGCAUGAAUUAGGCCUUUUUACUGAUACACUGACCAGUAUGCAGGGAAACUGUCCCUAGUGACUGAUCUAAGGUCAGUUAUAUAUCCCCCCUCCUCUAAUGGUAAAGGAUAGGACCCGGGGGAGGCUAAACUGAUCCUAGAUCUGUGGUUAAGGAGCUAGCCUUAGUGCCAUUUCUCCGUCUGUAUGAGAUUUGUAUAUUAAUCACUUAAUAAAAAAUGACUAAAUAA